CUACACACACACACACACACACAUCGGUUUAAUAUGAAUUUCUGCAGAACAACAAAUGAAAGCAUUGUGAUAAGAUAAGAUAACUCUCAUUGAUUUGAACAAACAGUCGGCAGUUUACUCAUGAGCUGACGAAUAAACCACAAGCAACCCCAAUACGCUACGCCCACACGUUCGCUAAGGAUUCCAUUAACACAAUGUCAACUCUAGCCGAAAAGGACUUUUACCAGCUGACUGUCAGCACGAACAAAGCUUUAAAUGGUAUAGAGGCACCAUUAAAAACGAAACAUGCUCGAUCUAUUAUUAUUAUGAUACAUAAAACCAAAGAGGCAAAAUCAUUUUGGAACACCAUCUCCCGGCAGUCCUUAAUGCAGAGCAGAUUCACCGCCUGGAAGUUUUGUCAUCUGCUGCACAAGGUCCUGAGAGAAGCUCAUCCAUGUGCUAUAAAACACUCUCAAAGUCACAGGAAAAUGAUAUUGGAAGUGGGAAAAAUGUGGGGCCUGCUGCAAGACGAUAUUGGACUCUGCAUAAACGCCUACUGCAAGCUCCUGGUCACAAAACUCAAUUUCCAUGAAAAAAACCCAUUUCCCGGAUCGCUAAUAAUUUCGUUUAAGGAAAUAUCUAAAGCUGCCGAUCGGGAUUUAAAUUACUUCUUUCAAUUAUGUGUGGAGAUCUUUGAUUACUUGGAGGAUAUCAUUGAACUGCAGCUACAAAUAUUUUCUUCCAUAAAUACCUACCGAAUGUCGUCCAUGACCCAGCAGGGUCAGUGUAGACUGGCUCCCAUGAUUUGUCUCAUUCAAGACUCAAACUCUCUCUACGAUAAUAGUGUAAGGAUUAUGUUUAAACUUCAUGAAAACCUUCCGAACGACGUCCUGAGCGGCCACAGGGAUCGGUUUAAUGGUUUAUUUUUGAAGUUGAAAGACUUUUAUGAGAAUGUGCGACCGCUUCAGUAUUUCAAAAGCCUUAUUUCGGUUCCGGAAUUGCCCGCGUCCAGUCCAAAUUUUAGUUCACAAGUGGAUUUCAGUAGCUAUAUACCGCCAGUAGUCUAUGUGCAACCAGAGCCCGAUCCAGUUGUUGAAGAUCUCGUGGAGACCAGCAGUCCCUCAGAGCCAGAUUAUAGCCAAACGCAGCUGCAGCUAAAUACACUGGAGAGCAUCAUAAAUGAGAAGGACGCUUCGAUUGAGGAGCUCAAAUUCAGAUUGAAUUCAUUGCAACGAAAUUUCGAUGAGCUUGGGCAGAGCUAUCAACACGAAGUGGCCGAAAUGCAGAAAAGGAAUGCCCUCCUAUCGAACGAUCUGUUAAUAUCCCGGGAAAUGUGUGAAAACAUACGGAUACAAAACGAUGAUCUUGAGCUGCAAAUAAACCAAAAUCCCAUGCUAAUACAAAAGGUAAUGGAAGAGGAGGAAAAGCAGAAACAAUCUUCAGAAAAGUUUAACAAACUAAAAACACUUUACACACAAGUUCGGGAUGAGCAUAUUAAAUUAUUGCGUGAGCAAAGUGAAGCCACAAAGGUUUUAAAUAAGGAGAGGCAAUCAAGCUCUGAGCUACUAUUGCAAACAAAAGCCCUCAACGAUGAGAUACUAAAGAUAAAAGGCGAUGUUGAUGAAAAGAAUAAAAUAAAUUUUGAUUUGCUACAACAGAUAGAAGACCAAAAGGAGCAGCUUUCGCAGCUUGAAUCGGUUAGAAAUGAGAUUAGGGAGCAAUUUGAAAAUGUGGUAAAGCAGAAGGAAAUACAAGAGCUGGAUUCUAUUUCGACGUCUGAGAGAUUAAGUGAAAAUAGUUUGGUCAUUGAGAAACUGAAUGCGUCCCUAAAUGAAGCCAAGGAAAAGGUUUCACUUGCAGAAAACCAAAUAACGCAGAAAAGCGAGGAACUACUACAGCACUCGAAAGCGCAUGAAACGGAAAAGGAAACGCUCUUAGCACAGAUUGAGCAACUCAAACUAGAGCAUAAGGCGACCUCUGAGGCUCAAAAUGAAGAAUUAUUGCAAACUAUAAGUGUCCUGAAGCAAAAGGAAACAUCGCUACAGGAAUUAACAGAAGCUCUGGCGCUACUAAAGCAGGAAUUUAAUAACGUAAUAAAACAAAAGGAGAUACAAGAGCUGGCUUCAGUUUCGACGUCUGAGAGAUUAAGUGAAAAUAGUUUGGUCAUUGAGAAACUGAAUGCGUCCCUAAAUGAAGCCAAGGAAAAGGUUUCACUUGCAGAAAACCAAAUAACGCAGAAAAGCGAGGAACUACUACAGCACUCGAAAGCGCAUGAAACGGAAAAGGAAACGCUCUUAGCACAGAUUGAGCAACUAAAACUGGAUCAUAAGGCGACCUCUGAGGCUCAAAAUGAAGAAUUAUUGCAAACUAUAAGUGUCCUGAAGCAAAAGGAAACAUCGCUACAGGAAUCGACAGGUGCUCUGGCGCUACUAAAGCAGGAACAGCUUUCUGUGACUCAACAAUACGAGGAUUUACAAGGCAAGCAUGCGGCUCUGGAAGAGAAGUUCCAUCAAACAACGAAACAAGUGGAUUCUAUCACGGAGUCUUAUCAACACUGUCAUUCCAAUCUUAAUGAUGUGAGAAAAUUGGUGGUUCAAACUGUGAAGGAUAUUUGCAAUUCCAAAUUAAGCGAUUCCGCCGAACAGCCAUUAGAUGCUAUACCAAAAAUUACAACCGAAAUGGAUGGGCUUAUAGCUAGAUUUAUCUCCUCACCUGCCUUACAAAAGGCUGCAUCCAUUGAGGGAUUGCAGGCUGCCAUGUAUUUUGGCUUUACAUUCAUUAAAUUAUAUGACCAGUGCGAUGUCAUCUACAAAUCUACAACAGAGAUUGAGACGGGUCAAGAUAUUUUAAUGAAAGCCUCAUCCAUAUGCUCAGACAUAUGCAUCUUUUUCCAAUAUUCUCUCAUCGAUGAACCGAGGGAAAAGGAAACGCAAAAGGCUUUAAACGAUGUCGAAUCGAAACUGUCGGAUAUACGAAAAUUAGUUGAUAAAAUUAAACAGACCUUUGAGAAAAAGAUCGACUUCGAUAAACUGCUUGAAAUAGAGCUUCGCGAAAUGGAUAGUGCGAUCGAUGAGGCAGCAUCCAAGAUUAUAAACCUGUUGGCAAAGGCACGCGAGAAAGAUGACAAAACCAAUCUGGAAGUCAAUGGAAAAAUUGUGGAUGCAUGCACCACCCUCAUGCAAUGUGUUAAAGUCCUAAUUUUAAAAUCGCGUGUGCUUCAGCAGGAAAUUGUCGCCUCGCAAAAAGGAAACGCAAGUGCUAAUGAAUUUUAUAGGCGCAACAGUCAAUGGUCGGACGGGCUGAUAUCGGCUUCAAAAAGCGUGGCUAAGGCAGCAAAUUACCUGGUCGAUGCCGCCAAUAAUGCCAUUGAAAGUGAAUCUGGGAAGAACUUUGAGCUUAUAGUCGCUGCCCAGGAGAUUGCUGCCUGCACUGCCCAGAUGGUUAUUGCCAGCAAAGUCAAGGCUAAUCGUAAUAGCCAAAAUUUGACGGACCUGACCAAAGCCUCGCGAAGCGUCACACAGGCCACUGGUACGUUGGUGGCCACCGUUAAAGAUUGCAAUGCCCAACUGGAAGAACUGAACGAGAAGGAACUCUCCAGCCUAACACCAUCCCAAAUAAAGACCAUGGAAAUGGAAAUUCACGUUAAAGUUCUCGAAACCGAACAGGCGCUGCAGACACAGCGCCUUAAGUUGUCGGCGUUCAGGAGGGAGCACUACAAAAACAGCGAUUACUAAAUACGUUAAAUUGUACCUAAGUAUUAUGUAUUUUCAUUAUGUACAUUUAAGGGCGGAACUAACGCAUUAAUGCAAAUAAUGGUUAACCUUACAAGGACAAAAGCUCUCUAAGAUUAUCCUAGGAUCUGGGUUUGGUUGAUGCAGUUCCUUAUUUUUAUUCAUUAAAUUAUUUAGUAUACCCAAUGGUCGGAUUUAGAUAGAGCUAUUCUUAUCAGAAUGAGAUCAAAAGAGAUGUAAAAACAGCCAAAGAGAGUUUCGUAUUAAAUUGUAAAUUUAAAUUACCCGAAAAGAAGUAACUGCGUAUCUCUUCCGAUCUUUUAUUUGUUUGUUUGCGAAACUUGGAUCACUUUUAAAGUUCACUGUUUUUAUUGAUAUUUUCUCAUUUAUUUAAACAACUAAGGAUCUGUUUAACUUAGCUCUUCUAUCACAUUGUACUUUUCCAAUUAUCAAGUAAACCGAUUAGAUUACAAAAUUAUAACAAUAAAUUUAAAUUUAAAUUAAAAAAAUGAUUGCUGCAACCAUAAAUAUAUUAUAUACACUCUUUAGCUCUAAUUUGUAUUAUCACGAAAAGGCUUAUUGCUUUUUAUAAAACGGCAUGUUCAUGUUCAUGAAACACACUUUUUGCGUAGUUUAUCUAAAAG